GACGCCGUCUUGGGUCGAUUGCACUUCACAGAGACCGGGGAGGACCUCCUUGGAAGGGGGCUUGGCGUCUGGGUCUCCGAGGGCCCAGUCGCAGGCUUUCAGCUGGACGUCUUCCAAUAUGAGGCUGCUUCGACGAAGCAUGUGCAGACGGAGCCCCAUCGCUUCAGAGGAAUUGGAAAGUUUCCUGAGAAAGGAAGCUGGGUCGGAGAGUGGCACUUUCUUGCAUUCCAGCAGCCUCCUCGAGUCGUCGGCCGCUUCCAUGCACGCCGAUCCUCUCCGAACCUGGCCAUGCCCACCCUUUCCCAGAAGCCUCUCGAGGAGCUGCCCGAGAAAGCGAAGGCAAAAGUGGUAUCCAAGCUGGAGAAGCUCACGGAGCCGUUUCCCAUGCUCCACCCAUCCUGGGUUCCGCAUCACCUUGCAGGCAAGAUCGAGGAUGUGCACUACGUCCGCAAUUUUUUGGAGCCGAAGCAGGUCGAGGAGUUCGUGCGAAUCAUUGACAAGACGUGCGACUGGGAGCGAAUGCGAACACGCGACACGCAGGAGUUUGGGUCGUCGGGCCAAUGUCCUUGCGGUCGAAGUUUGAUGAGGGCGGCGCUACCAGCCUGGCAGAGCACCUUGGUGGAUGCGCUCGGAACGCUGGGAGUCUUCCACCCAGUCCUCUUUCCUGCGAACAGCGUGCCUGGGCAAGGCCCGGAGCUCAGUGGCAUCUUGCCACACUUGGACGGACCCGUGUACUUCCCACGAGCUGCCAUCAUCAGCCUCGGUUCGCAUUGCAUCUUCGACUUCUACCCACGCUUCGAGGAGGAGCAUCCGCGCGGCUUCACGUGGGAUCGAGACAAAGAGGUGCCCUCCUCGCCCGAGCUGCCAGCAGGCACAAGGCCUCAGCUGAGUCUGCUGCUUGAGCCCGGAAGUCUGCUCGUGUUCUCUGGCGAUGCCUUCGUUCGUCAUAGGCACGGCAUCAAAGCGGUGGAGGAGGACGAGAUUAGCAAGGAGGCGUGGAAGAAGAGUCUCUUUGACAAUCAGACAUUUACUGCCGCGCUGCAAUUGCAGUCCGAUCUUCUGACAGCGAGCGAAAGACGUCUCCUCGCAUGUGCAGGGCUAUUGAAGGCUGCGGGCGCAUGCAAGCGUUCAACUCAUCAAGGAAUCGCAUUCUUGUGGCUCCAAGCUAAUUCGUGCAGAAUUUGA